CUUGACUCAAACGCAGAGCUUAAAAGUCUCGACUAGUUGGUCUGGGUAGAAGUUGCAUGUGAUGAAAAAAACGCAUGUACAGUUUCGGCCGCGGUAUGCACGCUCCUCUUCACGUGCGGUAGCAGAUUGAUGCAGAAAUCUAAUGGUCUGAAGCUCCUGCAACCGCUAGGCGAACCACGACCAUGAACAUGCGGCCACUAACUCCUACUUCCAGAGUCGCUCAUCAGCUCCUCCUGGCCUGGAGCCUCUUGAGUCCUUUUUGCAAGGAUGCGAAUGCCCAAAAUCCUGGAGCGACUCUCUCGGAUCCCACCGAUGGUGGUCGUAUGGGUUGGCGGGAGACGCAGUAUCCUGCCUGGGGCCAGCCAGAAUACUACGAGCAUCUAAAACUGAACUACAAUUAUGGGUACCGUCAACCCAUCUUUUACACCAUCUUUCAGCUAGAACAUCUUUCUUGAAAUAGGCUAAAAGAUGUUCUAAAAGAUGGGUUGUCGGUACCUCUAAUACAAGUACCGAAAUACGCAGAUCGGGAAUGACGUCAAAGCGAUUUACUAUGGUAUGACGGGAGCAGAUGACUAACGUGUGUUUAAUUAGUUCGAAACAAGCAUCCCGUUGUUCCAACUAGCAAGUAGACAUGAUUUUGAUCAAAUGUACAGAUUAUCGUACCUGCCUUUGAAGGUGAGACCUAUGGGGCUGACAGGACGACGAUAGCGCCGGCGCUUAGUUAGUUUCAGCAGUUAGCAGGACACUUUAGGUUACUUGUCGAUAGUUACCCUUUUCUCUUCUAUAUCUUCCGCUGGUCUGUCUUUUUUCUAGUUAGGUCGGCUCCACCACAAAUCAAAUGUACAGAUUAUCGUACCUUUUUCCCCGGUCAUUCCCCACCUUCAUCCUCCUCACGGAGUUACGUGUGGAUCCCUGUCGUCAGUUUCUACGUACAGGAGCAAAGGGAGAGAUGUGCUGCAACGAUAUGAACGCCUUUGGCUGCCAGGAUCAUCCCAAUGAUAUCGUGGUUAAGGCUACAACCCCCGCUAAAGUACUAUCCUCAGCAUCUUCGUUCCCUGGCUCUUUUUCUUCUCGAAAAAGAGCUUCUCCACAUAGUAGCUUUUUAGAGAAGAGACCUCCAACUCCAGGGAUAAUGCUCUCAAGGAAGGUGCGAACGCUCUAACGUAGGUGGUGCAGAUCUCCAGGUCGCUUACUUCCAGAACGCCCACAUCCCUAGUUGUAUGGCCACGGUGUUCGAGAAGGAUCCAAAUUGUGGUGCGAGUUUGGUUAUGGUGGGAGACGAUGGCUGUGUGAUCGUAAGGUCCUCAGGGACGUAUAAGGAUGUAAGUAAGUAUGUACGGUGUUUCACGUAUUCGUAUAGAAUUCAUAUUCAAUGAACAAAACCCCACGAGAACAUACUCAUAUAGGUCGAUUCAUCACGGUGGAAAAAACCAACUGAUGCAAGAAUACCUCAGAUUCUGACGUGUGCGAUCCAUCACCUUCCACCUCUUUACGCAUCUAUACAUAGCACUACAUCCAGACCCCCCGGCGUCCACUCCUCUAACUCCCAAAUCCAUCGAAAAGAUCAAGUUUAUCCAGUAAUCGUCGACGUGAGGAUAACCGACGAUAUGCCUAACGGAUUCCAGACAACGUUUCUUGGGACUGCAAAUCUCUGCGUCGGUGACUACGAACUAUGGUUCGUAGUAAGGACUAGAGCUCUAUGGUACUAAGGUCACAGUAGUUCACAAACUAAGGUCACAGUAGUUCACAAACUAAGGUCACUCCUUUUUUUACUGGCAGUGAGUCUCUUGUUUUACUCUAGAAGAUCAACAUUGCCCUUCAUAACUCUUGUUUUACUCUAGAAGAUCAACACUGCCCUUCAUAACCCGGACCCUUCGUGGAAGCGCGAAAGGACUUUCGCGUACGAUCACCCAGUUGCCGCGAACCUACACAAGAUGACAUUAUUGCCCAGGAAGAAGAACAAGGCGAUGGUAUAGGAGUAAUUGUUGGACGAAUGCUAGGUCGGGGAGGAGAGAAUAGUACGUCGGCGACAGGAGGAGGUUCAAUUAUGGAGAAAAAGUAAAUUGUAUCUAUCGUUAUACUAGUUCGUUCUUGUCGUUUGUUCUUCUCGUCCUUGUUGUCCUUCCGUCAGAAUUAGGCUCUCUUGACACCUUAAUUCAUUUACAAGUCCCUACUCAUAAUAAUUUCUGUGGUGUAUAAUCCUCAUUGAAUUGGCUACUCUGCUCUUCAACAGAAGGCACAGGAUAGUUGAAAGGCCUCUAUGGUGUCAGUAUGACACAUAAAAGAGGAUCCAUGAGGACAUGACAUGAAGAUGAUUGCAUGAAUUUAUCAUGUUGAUCUUCAUUGAUACAUCAGAUUCUGAGAAGGACAAGGAACGAUGCAACUUCUACAAGAAAUCUGAACGUCCUUUUCUAACCAAUCAUCGUCUCGGAAAAAGAAACGGAGUAAGAUUCCUGCGCAUUUGUCCAAGGAAAUUCGAGAGAUGAUCAAGGACGGCAACAGGCGAGCAAGGCUAAAUAGGGAGAAGGGUUGGGUUUUUAUGAGCAGAGGGUAAUUUACCGUAAAGGUAAAAUGUUUGUCCUUCUUCAAGUAACACAAGACUCAAUGAAUGAUCGUCACGAUGUAAUCCAACUUUGUGGGCUGCAACAGACUUAGCAUGAUCUUUGGAACGAUCUAUUCUUUUUCUGUCUCUCUCUCUCCCUCUACCAAUCCUUCCUUUCUUCCUUUCCCUCUACUCUCCCUCUACUCUCCCUCUGCUCUCCCUCUGCUCUCCCUCUGCUCUCCCUCUACUCUCCCUCUACUCUCCCUCUACUCUCCCUCUACUCUCCCUCUACUCUCCCUCUACUCUCCCUCUACUCUCCCUCUACUCUCCCUCUACUCUCCCUCUACUCUCCCUCUACUCUCCCUCUACUCUCCCUCUACUCUCCCUCUACUCUCCCUCUACUCUCUCCUUCAUACCAUUGAAUUCCGCAGAGUGGCAAGAGCGUGAGGAGGACAACCGGCGAAGACUGCAAGAAGAGAAGCUCUUACGCAACGCUGCACAUGGUCAGGAGUGGCAGAGACGUGUCCGUCAGAGGAAGCUGGCUGAAGCUUUCGCUGUGGAAAAAGGUUAUGGAGAGGAGAUUGACAUAGACACAAGCAUAGUAAAUGUAGUUUUCACCUCUACAAUUCUAGGCUUACCCCAUGCAACAAUAUAAGUAUGUAGAGAACAACAUGAACAAACGGUAUGAAUAUCAUAGAUACAGGAUAAAUUUAAAUAUCAUAGAUACACGGUACUAUGAAUAUCAUAGAUACAACAUACUCAUAAAUAUUAACGACACAUGAGCCUGUCGGCGAGAGUUUGUUCGAGGAUACUCAUAAAUAUUACCUUGGUAGUGGAUCCUCGAACAAACUCUCGCCGACAGGGAGCAUAGCUUGAGCCAGCACGAACGCGAUUUGGGGAGCAAGAUGAAGUCCUCGUCAUCGGGCGCAGUAUUUCGCGAUCACGACUAUGAUGAAGAGGACAGCGAGGGAAGUGGCAGUGAAGAUGGUGGUGAAAUAUAGUACUAGUGAGAAGAGAUCUUGUGGAGAAGAGAUCAGCUGUCGUGAUCGGCUGUAGAGGAGACAUAGUGAAUGCUGGAGACGAGGACUUCUGCUGACUGAGGGGCUCUUUCUGCUAUGCAUACGUAUUCUUGAAAAGGAGAACAACCGAGUGGUCGCUUGUCUGUUUUUGUUCUCUUCACAUGAGUCAGGACUUACAAAUAUUGAAUCCAUGGAUGGCUGGGAUGAAAAUGAAGAAGCGAGCGUCAACUCCUCCUUGGGAAGACGAAACACAACAUUGCCUUAU